GGCGCGGGACCCCGCCCGCUCCGCCGCAGCCGCCGGCAGCGGGAGCAGUUCCGGGUGCGGUGCGCACCGGGGGCGGGCGGGGGGCGGCGUCCUGGCCAUGGCUGGCCUGUCGGACUUGGAGCUGCGGCGGGAGCUGCAGGCCCUGGGCUUCCAGCCAGGACCCAUCACCGACACCACUCGGGACGUCUACCGCAACAAGCUGCGCCGCCUGCGGGGCGAGACCCGGCUGCGUGGCGAGGAGCGGCUGCGGGAGGAGGCCGGACCGCGGGGCCACGGGCAGCUGCGAGAGGAGGCCCGGCUGCGGGAGGAGGCGCCGCUGCGCGCCCGGCCCGCCGCGGCCGCUACGCGGGCGGAGCCCUGGCUCUCGCCGGUGGCGUCGGGCUCGGCGUACGCGACCUCCGGGGCCUAUUGCGACCUCGGGGCCUCCUGGUCCGGGAGCCGCGGCCUCGCCUACCCUGCCCGCCCCUUGCCGUUCCGGCGCCGCGCCUCGGUACGAGGCAGCUCCGAGGAGGACGAGGACGCCCGGCCGCUCGACAAGACCGCGCCGGGCCCCGGGCCGCGUCGCUGGUGGGCCCCGUCCCCGGCGCGGCCGCCCUCCGCGGGCCUCGGCCCCGACCUGCGGCCCGGGCUGCGGGCGUCGCGAGCGGGCCCAGCGGGCGCGGCGCGGCCCCGGCCCGAGGUGGGGCGGCGGCUGGAGCGCUGCCUGUCCCGGCUCCUUCUCUGGGCCAGCCUGGGGCUGCUGCUCGUCUUCCUGGGCAUCCUCUGGGUGAAGAUGGGCAAGCCCUCGGCGCCGCAGGAGGCGGAGGACAAAAUGAAAUUAUUGCCAGUGGACUGUGAGAGGAAAACAAGUGAGUUCUGUCAGGCCAAGCAGAAGGCGGCCUUGCUGGAGCUGCUGCAUGAACUCUACAACUUCCUGGCCACUCAAGCUGGUAAUUUUGAAUGUGGAAAUCCAGAGAAGCUAAAAAGCAAAUGCAUUCCUGUAAUGGAAGCCCAGGAAUAUAUAGCAAAUGUGACCGGCAGCUCCUCCACCAGGUUUGAAUCUGCACUGACCUGGAUCCUGAGCAGUAACAAGGAUGUAGGCAUCUGGUUGAAAGGAGAAGACCCAUCAGAAUUGGUGACAACUGUGGACAAGAUUGUCUGUCUGGAAUCUGCCCGCCCACGCAUGGGUGUUGGCUGUCGCCUGAGCCGUGCCCUGCUCACUGCAGUCACCCAUGUACUCAUCUUCUUCUGGUGCUUGGCUUUUCUGUGGGGGCUCCUAAUCCUCCUGAAAUAUCGGUGGCGGAAGCUAGAAGAAGAGGAGCAGGCCAUGUAUGAGAUGGUGAAGAAGAUCAUAGACGUGGUCCAGGACCAUUAUGUGGACUGGGAACAGGAUAUGGAGCGUUACCCGUAUGUGGGCAUUCUGCAUGUGCGCGACACCCUGAUCCCUCCACAGAGCCGGAGGCGCAUGAAGCGAGUCUGGGACCGGGCAGUGGAAUUCCUGGCCUCCAAUGAAUCCCGGAUCCAGACAGAGUCCCACCGCGUGGCCGGGGAAGAUAUGCUGGUGUGGAGAUGGACUAAGCCCUCGUCCUUCUCUGACUCAGAGCGAUAAGUCCCUAGUGGGGACCUGUUCCCAGUCUGCUCCAGGGACAUGAGAGGACCACCAACCUGCCGGUGCUGAAUUCACACUUGCCUUGAUUUUCACCAUCCUCCUACCCUGGUUCCAGAGUCUCUGUAAGACUCCCCAGAGAUUAGCACAGUAGGAAAAUGUGGGAUUCCUGGAAGGGCAGAGGGGAGAAGCCAUGGGUCAGGUGGUAGCUUGUCCUAUGUUGGUCUGACCCUCUCCGCCUGUUUUUCCAGCAGGAAAAGGGAGACGGUUUGUUUUUCAUGAGUAGAAAAGAUAAAAGCACAACAACUGUGAGAACCUGCAGAGCAAGUGUGAGGUUGGGUGGGCAGUAGCUGGUCUUCCGCGGUGAGCACUGGACAGUGAGGUGGCUCCAUACCUGUGGAAGGCAGGUCGGGGUGGCGGGGGAGGGCAGCAGGGUUAGGGAUACAGCUUGUCCAUGUGCCUUCAGAGGGUGUUACUUGGGAGUUCAAGGGUGAAGGGAGAAAGCCUGUCCUCAAGCUGGAAUUGGGCUUCUUCAGGGGGAAGAUUCUAAGUAACAAGUACUAUAAGAACAAGUACUAUAAGAGAACUAUCUAGAGACACCAGGCCCAGAUCCCUGAGGCCCUGGGUACAGUUGGAGUGGGCUACUGAUAUGACCUUGGCAAGGGACCUGGAGUAGGCACAGGGCCUGAGAACAAGAGGGGCCAGGACUGCCACCAUCUCCAUGGCCCCACCCAAGGUGACCUCUUGAGCAGCACUUCUCAGAAUAGCCACCGUCAUAGCCAGACCUACUGCCGUGGCGCUGCACUGGGCCAAUACCAGGACCUCAGAUGUCGUGCUCCUCCUGCGAGCAAAGAUCCCUGCCUUGUUCAUGGCAGCCACAGCCUCCUCGUCAGGGCUGCUGAGCCAGAGCUCCCAGCACAGCUUUGGUUUCUGUGCCUGGGAUGAGGCGUGGUGACUGCCCCCCAGCCCCCUCCUGGCCACCGGGGAGCAUACUCAGCCUCGCAGACCACUGACCCCACCAGCUCACCAGACCGUACGGCCUGAGUGUCUCCAAAACCAACUGGCAGGGGCCUUACUAGCUAAGUGCAAGCAGCCACUCCAGCAGAGCCUCACCCCGUAUGCUCUUGUCCACAGCAACAGAGGACCAGAGGAGGCUUACAGUUGCUUCCAGAAGGCUUCAUGCAUCUCUUUCGGCUCUAUUGGUAUUUUUCUGUUUCCUUAAUAAAGCUCCAGUCUCCCUCAUUUGAGCAAUACUCUCUCAUUUCCUCUGAUGUCUGGAUAAUCAGAGGGGCUGGAAUUCGAGCACCCCCCAUGGCAAAGAAGCAAUCUUGUAAUCAGGCUCCAACCAGAAGAAUAAGAAAACACUAGCAGGCUUCAGUAUCAGGGUUGAAACUGCUGGAUAAAUAAACUGCUAUUAAAAAUGAA